CUGCUUCGCUACAAUAACACUACAGUUAAAUACGUGUACCACCAUGGCUUCUAACUACUAUUAUUUAGUUGCCGGUUUUUUGUUUUUAUUUUCUGCAGUUCAUUGCACUGAAAACACAUGCUAUUCCUUUGCAGGAGGACAAGUUUAUCCACAGGAAACUAAACGUACUACUGGGCACUCAAUUCAAUGGAGUCAAGCCGUUAUCUCCAAACCUGCCCCUGAUUGGAAUGGAACUGCAGUGAUUGAUGGAGAAUUUAAAGAUAUAAAAUUGGCUGAUUUUAAAGGAAAAUACCUUGUGUUUUUCUUUUACCCUCUUGACUUUACUUUUGUUUGCCCAACUGAGAUCAUUGCCUUCAGUGACCGUGCUGAAGAGUUCCGCAAGAUUAACACAGAAAUUGUUGGAUGCUCAGUGGAUUCUCAGUUUACCCAUCUUGCAUGGACCAACGUAGCAAGAAACCAAGGUGGCUUAGGGAAGAUCAACUUUCCCCUCUUGUCAGAUAUUACCCAUGAAAUUUCCAAGGCUUAUGGAGUAUACCUACAGGAUUUGGGACACAGCUUGAGAGGUCUUUUUAUCAUUGAUCCCAAGGGUGUACUGAGACAGAUAACUAUGAAUGAUCUGCCAGUUGGACGCUCUGUUGAUGAAACCCUUCGUCUUGUGCAAGCCUUCCAGUACACAGACAAACAUGGAGAAGUGUGUCCUGCUGGCUGGAAACCUGGAAGUGCCACUAUUAUUCCAGAUCCUAAAAAGGCAAAGGAAUAUUUCAAGCAACAAUCUAGUGAUGAGCUGUAACAUCCUUUCUUCCACUGGCAUUCAUACUUAGUUUGAUUGUCCCAUUAAGCCAUGGAGAAACAACUGUUGUGCUCUGUCAACUGACUGCUUUCAUUGAGAUUUGGGCUAGAUAUUACAGUUGGCUAUCUUCAAAUACAUUUAGUCAACAUAACAAAAUCAUAUUAAUAUCUCCUCUAAAUUUAUUAACAGCAACAGUACCAAUCUAUGCAUUUUGAUCAGAUAAGUUGAAAUUAAACAAAAGUAUUUGUGCAAAUAUAAUUGUUUUAAAUGAUUUUUAAUGUUUCAAAUUUUUAAAUCAAUUCUUGCUUCCAAUUUUUCUAAAAUUUGAAAAUUAUUUUAUAGAUUGUGUUUCUACCUGCAUUUAUGUUUGAUUUUUGUUUGUUACUUUGUUACAGUGCAGCUAAGUUCAAAUCCACCUGGUCUAGCUCCUUACAUUACAACAAAAAUCUUUUAUUUGUGUUCUGGUGAUGGGGCAUUUGCAAUUGUUGUCAUUUUCAUUCUAAUAUUCAUUUUUAUUUUAGCUUUUUUGCAUUGAAUAAAAGUUGUUUUAAGAAUGUGUUCUUUAAGUGUGGAUUGUUAAAAUUUUUUAACUUCAGCAAUGUCAUUUGUUGUUUGAUAUGAAGAUCUGUUUGAAGUAAAGUAUGUGUAUUUUCUUGAGUGAAUAAUGAUUCCAUUUGGUGACAUGGCAGAUUGUAUGUAGCUGUAUCAGAAUGAACAUUAAUAGCUAAAUACUAGCUUUAACUAAGUCACGACAAGUUGAAUGUAGCUAGUAGUAUGGUGUGUGGAAUUAUCUUGUUUAUUUUUCUAGUGCUUUGUCUGUUACUUGCUGAAUAAUGUUAAUAAAAUAAUUUAUAAGGGAU